AUGUCUAACCCAAACGACUACACGGUUGGCUGGAUCUGCGCGAUAACUACGGAGUAUGUUGCCGCCCAGGAAUUCCUUGACGAAGAACACGAAGGACCGGAAUUCGUGUCUCCCCAUGACAACAACCAUUACACACUAGGCAAAGUUGGGAAGCACAAUGUCGUUAUCGCUGUCUUGCCUGAUAACGAGUACGGAAAGUCCUCUGCUGCAAGCGUUGCAAGGGAUAUGAUGCAUAGCUUUCCUAAUAUUAGAUUUGGCUUGAUGGUCGGCAUCGCCGGAGGAGCGCCUGGAAAGCAUGACAUCCGUCUUGGGGACAUUGUCCUCGGUUGUGCUGGCAACGGAAAGGGUGGGGUGUUUGGGUACGACUUUGGUAAAGCGAUACAAGGCCAGGGCUUCCAAGAAACAGGGUUCUUGAAUCAGCCACCAACCCUCCUUCGGACGACAGUAAGUGGACUCAAGGCCCGCUACGAAAGGAAAGGACAUCAACUCUCAAAGACUGUUGAUUUGAUUCUAGAGAAGAACCCAAGGCUCUGGAGAAAGUACAAACAGCCAGGGUCAGGUACCGACAACCUGUUCAAGUCCGACUUUACUCACGACUUGAGUUGUGCGACGACCUGUAGCGAUGAUGCAUCAAAUUUGAUAUUGCGACCCGAAAGGACGGAGGACGAAGACAAUCCAGCCAUUCAUUACGGUCUCAUUGCUUCAGCAGAUCGACUGAUGAAGGACGCUUUGGCUCGAGAUAGACUCUCAGAAGAAAAGGAGGUUCUAUGUUUUGAGAUGGAAGCAGCUGGGCUGAUGAACCAUUUUCCCUGUCUGGUUAUUCGCGGCAUAUGCGACUAUUCAGACUCACACAAGAACAAGGAGUGGCAAGGCUAUGCGGCAAUGGUGGCUGCUGCAUAUGCUAAGGAUCUUCUCCGUGAAAUAGCUCUGAACAGAGUUGAAGCUGAAAGGAAAAUCAGCGACAUUCUAUUCGGUAAUUACAAGGCCUAG